CGCCCCGGCCCCGCGCACCCCAGCCGGCCUCGCCCCUGCUCCCAUGUCACAGCCCGCAGCGACGGCAUGAAGAAAUCCUCGUAUUCAGGAAUCACCCGGACCUCCAGCGGGAGACUUCGGCGGCUCAGCGACCAGACCAGCCCCACUCUGAAAAGAUCCUUUGAGGUCGAGGAGGUAGAUCAGUCCUCAAAUUCCUCCACGCCACAGCGCCGGGCCCCGAACACCCUCCUCAGGUCCACCGUGUCCAGCUCCACGCAGAAGUUCCAGGAACUCGGCGCCAGGAAUUCGGAGCCGUCCACCAGACACGCGGAGCCCACAGUGCAGAGAUCCCCCAAGCCCCCUCUGAGGAGGGUGGAGCUCUCCGGACCCAAACUGCCCGAGCCGGUGUCCAGAAGAACAGAAAUCUCCAUUGACAUCUCCUCCAAGCAGGUGGAGAACUCCAGCUCGGGCCUGGCGCGGUUCGGCCUCAAGCGGGCGGACGCGGGGCACAAACCCCCCGAGCCCGCGGCCAGGAGGACUGAGAUCACCCUGGGCAAGCCCCAGGAGCCCAGGAGGGCGGAGGUGCCUCCCUCCAAGAUCCCCGACCCCCCCCCCCCCCCCCCCCCCCCCCCCCCCCCCCCCCCCCCCCCCCCCCCCCCCCCCCCCCCCCCGCCGCCGGCCAGUGCUGCCGAGAGCCCGGAGCCCGCCCUGCCCGCCCAGCCCCCGCAGGCAGAGCCAAAGCCGCAGCCCCUGCACCUGGAGAGCACGGCCAAGAGAGAAGAGGGUGCAGAGGCCGUGCCCAGCCCCGCUCCCGGCAUGACGGACGCCGCGCGCGAUGCCGGCCCCAAGCAGGCGGCGCCGGCGCGGCCGGACAAGGCGGCGGAUUUCGGCUACGUGGGCAUCGACGCCAUCCUGGAGCAGCUGAGGAGGAAAGCCAUGAAGCAGGGCUUCGAGUUCAACAUCAUGGUCGUGGGUCAGAGUGGCUUGGGGAAAUCCACGCUAAUCAACACCCUCUUCAAAUCCAAGAUCAGCCGGAAAUCUGUACAGCCAGCUGCUGAGGAGAGAAUCCCCAAGACCAUUGAAAUCAAAUCCAUCACUCAUGAGAUUGAGGAGAAGGGGGUUCGCAUGAAGCUGACGGUCAUCGACACGCCGGGCUUUGGGGACCACAUCAACAACGAGAACUGCUGGCAGCCCAUCAUGAAGUUCAUCAAUGACCAGUACGAGAAGUACCUGCAGGAGGAGAUCAACAUUAACCGCAAGAAGCGGAUCCCCGACACGCGGGUGCACUGCUGUAUUUAUUUCAUCCCUGCCACGGGCCACUCGCUCCGGCCGUUGGACAUCGAGUUCAUGAAGCGCCUGAGCAAGGUGGUCAACAUCGUGCCGGUGAUCGCCAAGGCCGACACGCUGACGCUGGAGGAGAGGGACCACUUCAAACAGCGGAUCAUGGCUGAUCUCCUUGCCAAUGGCAUCGACGUGUACCCCCAGAAGGAGUUUGAUGAGGACUCUGAGGAUCGGCUGGUGAACGAGAAAUUCCGGGAAAUGAUCCCAUUUGCAGUGGUGGGCAGUGACCAGGAGUACCAGGUGAAUGGAAGAAGAAUCCUUGGGAGGAAGACCAAGUGGGGCACCAUUGAAGUGGAGAACACGACACACUGUGAGUUCGCCUACCUGCGGGACCUCCUCAUCAGGACACACAUGCAGAACAUCAAGGAUAUUACCAGCAACAUCCACUUUGAAGCCUACAGGGUGAAGAGGCUGAACGAGGGCCAGAGCUCUCUGUCCAACGGCGUGGCCGACAGGGAGCUGGUGGCCAACGAGAUGUAACCGUCCCUCGCCGCCUGGACCUCGCUCGCUCACGCUCGCUCUUUCUCCCUCUCCCCCCUGUAUUUUUAUAUCAAUCCUCUGCCAUGUCCCUCUUGCCCUGGUCCCCCAGCCCUGCCAUGUUAACUGACCAAAUAACCAGUCGUGGGGCGGGGUGGCCGCUCUCCCCCCCCUUGUGCCAUGAGGUUUGUGCUCAGCCCCCAGAGCAGCGUCCCUGUCCCCCUGUGGAGGUCGGGCUCUCGCUUGCCCCCAGCUCUGGCCCCACAGCUGAGCCCAGGGCAGCAGAUAUCUGUGGGGCCAGCAGGGUUGGGGUGCCCUGGGAGCCCUCCCAGCCCCUCCAUGCAGGGGCUCUUCUCCGUCCGCUGCAGGUGAGGUUCCUGCAGGUGAGCUAGCGAGGUACAGCGGGCUGAAGAGGGCGAGACAGUGCCAUCCCUGUGUCCUGCUGCCUCCUGCCAGCCCUCUGCACCUCUGGGACCUGCCAGCCCCCAGCCCAGCCCCUGCACCCUGUCUACAUGCAAUAAACUGGGAGUGUUUAGGUGUCACCUCGCCUGUCACCGACCCCCGGCCAGGCAGAGCGACCUGCUUUGGGAGAAGUGCCUUUUCAGACUGUGACCUUGCAAUAGCGUGGGAGAGGGGAGGGAGGGUCUGCCUUGACUGUGUGCAGCCUGCAGGAGGCUGUGAGCCUCUCUGGGGCCCCUGGUUCCCUCUCCCUUGGGCCCUGUGGCUGAUGUCCUGGGGACACUUGUGUAUUUAUUUGUCACUCAGUUGGGUGGGUCUGUGUCUGCUGAAGGCUCGCAGUGUGUUUGUCCUGAGGGGGCUGAGCGUGGAACUGUGUCUCUGCCAAGCAGUGGUGGGAGGCAGAGGGUUGUGCUGUCUGACCCUUGUGAUUCUUGGGCUUUUCCCUACAUCAGAGGAAGCUCUUGGGUGUCUGUUAAUUCCUUUUCAUUUCCUGGUCCCCCCUGUGUGCUGUGUGUCCAGGGAAGAUGCUCCUGAUUUGCUGGUCCUUGUGCAGGGUUCUGUGCAUGUGCUGACCCAGCCCUGCAGCUCUGGGGGGGUGUGUGGGUGCUGCUCCCCCUGCUCUGCCCCCAGACCCUCCUCUUCCUGUGUGUCCCCAGUGAACCAGACCCUGCAAGCAUUAGGUAGCACUGUGACGCAGGAGCAGGGGGUCUUGGGGCAGAGCUCUGCACUCCUGCCCCUCUCCCCAGCUCCUUUUGCCUUUCUGGUGCCCACCAGUCUCCCAGUCCUCUCUAAGG